UUGUGGUCCAUGGGUCUCUUGUUUAAAUCAUGCAAUUUAUGUAUGUCAUAAUUUUAUAUCAAAUGUGGCUUAAAAACAGCUAAAGAAAAAAAGUAAUUCGUUUAACACGAGCAGUUUAAAGUAGCUAUCGAUAUAAGGAAGUGGACUAUAUUUAUGAAGUCCUUCACGUGCUGUCGUACAAUAGAUGACCUAGUUUCGUCGCAAGCGUCAGGACUAAUAGAAACAGCUCAUACCCUCUAAACUGAUCGUCAAAAUAAGUGGAAAAUGGCGUGUGCAUUUCCAGAGGAGGAUUUGAAUGAAAUUUGUGAUCCAUGUGGAGGUCAACGAACCUGUGUCUGUCUGAAGUGUGUGGUCAAUUUAUGUGACAAAUGCAAGGACAGUCAUGUUGACAAUGUCGAUAAUCACGACAUUUUGGAUUUACCACAACUAGAACUCGAUAUGCCAAUGUGCGAGGAACAUGACGACGCUGCUAGUAAUUCGUAUUGCUGGAUAUGCCAGGCAUCAAUAUGCGACGAAUGCGUGAAAAAGCACGAGAGUGACGGACACGCUGUUAUAGACAUUGUUAGCGCAGCCAUUGUCAAAAGGAAUCACCUGGUAAGACAGCAUGCGGAAGAAAAACACCGGAUACAACCUCAGCUUGAAAAUCAGGUGCAGAACAUAGAGGAAGGGGUAGAGGCUUACAAAGCAUAUAUACAAAACCUCAGAGAUGCAAUGGUGGCUCAAGCGGAGAGGAUGAAAGAGAUGGUGAAUGAAAUUGUCGAAGAGCGUCAACGGGAACUUAAACAGAUGGAGAAGAAUAGUACAAUAUUGCUAGAAGAACAAAGGCAGAAAUUGGAGGGGCAUAUGGGAGAAAUCAACGAUACAAUCAACGAGUACCGCGAAAUUGAAAGGUCGGGAGAUCAGGAAAAGAUCAAAGAAUUUGCCGAUAAAAAUUUGGAUAAGAUAAAACGACUGAAACAGUUGCCCGAGUUGGUGGAAGUGAAGCCACCAACUUAUGAAUCUCCACAGGUGGACGUCGACUUCAUCAGAAAAAUGUUUGGAACUUUAGAGAUGAAUACGUUCACCUGGACCACCUCCGAAAACCUUGUCCUUCCCGACACAGAAGACCUGAUACAGUUACCCGAGCUCAAUAAAGAAGAAUUCAAACAAAAAUUUGGCACGCUAAUUGUGACGGAGGCCGAGGCAACGGAAGACCAAGCUCCAGAACAAAGCACAACACCAAAUGAUGAAGCCUCCUCUCCAACAAGAGAACGACCAGAGGUCGCUGUAGAGGAGUUACGAUCUUUGGUGAUUGACGAAGAUUCAACAGAUGGCGAGGAGUCGAUGGGAGUCGAAGAAAAGAAAACUUCAGAUACAGAGAGUGACCACUAGCUCAUUAUCUGUUAAUCUCAAGAAACAAAUAAAUAACCAAUAUUGAGCAUU